AUGACCAACUUUUUCUUUGAGAACAAUGCUGUCCCCAUAACACCAUGCAGCACCGAAGACACGGACUGCCUCAUCGCCACGGCCAAUGACGUAUACCAGCAGUUCAUGGUGGGCAUACCCGACCUGGACAUCGAACCCCAUGAGCCGAUGUUCCAUCCACUGAUCACAGGGGACCUGCCCAUGUUGCAGCUCAAACUGAUCAACACCUCCUUUUCAGGCAUGGAUAAGUGUAGGAUUACGGAUUUUAAGCUAGACACCUCCGCCCUGAAUCUCAACAUCAAAAUGAGCUGCGGCGUGAUCAAGAUGAGGGGCUCGUACGAGCUGAGCGGGCAGCUGAUAGUAAUGCCGGUGGAGGGGAGCGGGGAUUGCGGGGUGGUGGCUGAGGGCUAUGAUCUAACCGUAGACAGCACAUUCAAGCUGGAAGCUGGUCGCAUGACCAUCAAGACCUACCAGGUGGACGCCGAAGCCACGGGAAGAAUCACCUUCGACUUCAAAAACCUGUUCAACGGGCAGAAGGAGCUGUCGGAUACCGUCCACCACUUCGCUAACACCAACUGGAAGGACGUUGCUGACUUCGUGGAGCAGCCGAUCUGGUCAACCCAUGUUAAGCUAAUGGUGACCACCGCUAAUAAGUACCUGAAGAGUAUUCAACUGUAG